AUAAAAUAAAAAAGAGGAGAGAUAGACGAUGUGAGUAGAGAAAAUGUUAUCAUCAUCAUCAGCAACAAAUGGUUUCAUCCCUUGUUCAAGUUCAAGUUCAAGUUCAAAGAGUAAGAAAAGGGUAUUCUUUUUAGACGUGAAUCCUCUAUGUUACGAAGGAAGUAAACCAAGCUUGAAGUGUUUUGGUAAGUGGCUAUCUCUUUUUCUGUCUCCUCAAGUGACUCACACACACCCAGUUGUUGCUGUUAUUGAUGGAGAAAGAGGCAGUCAACAUCGCAGAAACUUGAUUCCUUCUUAUAAAGCUAAUCGAUGCAGCAGCACAAGUUUUUCUAUUUCAACAUCACCAGGUCAUGUUGGGAGAUUCCAACCGCUUAUUACUCGUGUCCUUCAUAAAUGCAAUGUGCCGGUUAUAAAAGUUGAUGGCCAUGAAGCUGAUGACGUUGUAGCUACACUUGCCGACCAAGUUCUCAAUAAAGGGUUUCAAGUGGUUAUUGCUUCCCCUGAUAAGGAUUUUAAGCAACUUAUUUCUCACAAUGUGCAAAUAGUAAUGCCUUUACCAGAGUUACAAAGAUGGUCCUUCUACACUCUGAGGGACUACAGAAAUCAGUAUCAUUGUGACCCACAAUCUGAUCUCAGCUUUAGAAGUAUUGUUGGCGAUGAAGUUGACGGUGUUCCUGGUAUCCAACAUAUGGUCCCUAGUUUUGGUCGAAAGACGGCUCUAAAACUUAUUCAAAAGUAUGGUUCAUUGGAAGCUUUAUUAAAUGCAGCCGCAGUAAGGACUGUGGGCAGACCAUAUGCACAGGAUGCCCUAAAAAAGUAUGGUGAUUACCUUAGGCGAAACUACGAAGUUCUUGCCUUGAAAAGGGAUGUAAAUGUGCAACUUUAUGAGGAAUGGUUGGUUGAGAGAGACACUAAAAAUGAUACUGAUGCACUAUCUAUGUUGUUCAAAUAUUUGGAAGAAAGUAAGAAGCUCACAUACAAAUUACAAUGAGGGAUGGUUGGUUGAGUGAGACACUCACAAAGUCAAAAUGGGUUCCAAGUAUGAAUGACAACUAUUUAUAAUAAGUUAAUAUGAGAAAUAACACGGUGUUGAAUGAUCGGAUGUCGAGUACUAUACCCCACAAGACUCUAGAGUGCUGAAGUGUUUUAAGUGAAAAGUAUUGAUGAUAAAAGAGUUACGGUGAAACUCGUGAUAAUGAAGUUGGAAUUUUAAAUAAUUUACGAUAUUACUUACUAGUUAAUAUUACUUUAUUUGGAAAGACA